CAUAGUUUCAUUAAGACAGGAAUUGUGAUGGGCUUUCGUACUCCUUUUCCGCCAUUAUUUCCAUAGUGAAGAAUCUCCUCCUAGGGGUUUUACCACAUCGAUUGCUCUACUCUUAAUCAACCGAAACACCACAGUUACAGAUCCAUGGCUUAAACGCCUCUUUAAUCCAUCAACCAUGAUUGGGUCUUCAAUGCAAAUCUCUCUUCUCCAGGACGGUCUAUUUGUUAGUAUAAAUAAGUAUGCUUUUCUCCUCCAGAAUCCCUUUAUUUUCUUCUUCCCUUUUUGAUUUCCCAUGAUUUCAUCAACUUAUCUUCAAUUUCAUCGACAUCGUCGACACGUUCUGGAAGCAAUCAGAGCGGUUCGGCACCGAUAUCUUCAUGGAGACAGUCACCAAGGUCGAUUUCUCCUCGAGGCCGUUCAAGAUCUUCACGGAUUCGAGAACUGUGCUCGCCGACGCCAUCAUCAUCUCCACCGAAGCUGUCGCGAAACGGUUGAGCUUCGUCCGAUCUGGCAAAGGCGCUGGUGGUUUCUGGAACCGAGGGAUCUCAGCCUGUGCUGUAUGCGACGGCACCGCUCUGAUCUUUAGGAACAAGCCUCUGGUAGUUAUCGGCGGCGGAGACUCUGCGAUGCAUGAGGUUUAUAUAAUCCACAGGUGCGAUACGUUCAGAGCGUCGAAGAUCAUGCAGCAGAGGGCGUUGUCGAAACCUAAGAUUGAAUUGAUUUGGAACUCUGUGGUGGUGGCGUAUGGAGAUGAGAACGGGAAAGGUCUGCUUGGUGGUUUGAAGGUGAAGAACGUUGUUGUUAGUGGUGAUGUUUCGGAUUUAAAAAUAUAUGGGUUGUUCUUUGCGAUUGGUCAUGAGCCAGCAACGAAGUUCUUGGAUGGGCAGUUUGAGCUUGAUGAGGAUGGGUAUGUGGUGACCAAGCCUGGUACCACUAAGACGAGCGUUCUUCUCUACGAGGCUGUGGAUUUCUUGCUAUAUAAAAGGACCCUCCAGCUCCUAUGCCAAAAGAUACAAAUUUGGAUGUAAUUAGAGUCUUAGUUGAUGUAACCAUCCGAUUCUCAUAUAUUACAAAGCCUGAGAGUUAUUUGCAAGACAUGGUUUGAUGGUUAUGGUGAACUCAGUAUGACUGCAUCAUAGAACAAGCCAUUGAUGGGGUGUUUAACAAAAGUUCAGAACUCAUCAGUCCGUAUAACAACUUGCUUAGCUGUAGGUUUGCUUAGUUUCCUUCCUCUUCAAUCCAAGGGACAAUCAACUGGGUUGGUCUGUUUCAUUUGACUGAAACUUGCAGCAAUGAAAAUGGUUUCUCACACUCAAAUUACCAAAAGAAGAAGAAGGCUCUCUCUCAACUAUUACA